AUAAAUCUUUCAUCCUCCUCCAACCAACUCAAUAUGAAUUCACCUACCGUAUUUAUAUGUAGGUUAGCGUAAAAUGAUGUUCUCACGCGCCGUUGAGUCACGAGUGUCACAAUCGAACGACAGAUCCAGUGACACAAGAAUAUUGUUCUGCUGAUCUCAUAAAUACGUCAACCAAAUUCCCGUCAGAAAAUACAAAAAGAACACAAAUAGAGUAAAAUAGCAUCACUUCCUUAUCUUUUCACUCCAUUGCUCUCCACACACUCCACUCCACUACACACAUUAUAAACACUUUGAGUUUGGGUUGUGAAAGUGAUCACUCAACUACCACCUCACUACUAAAACUCCACAGGGGCAGAGUGAGAGCUUAGCUUGAAAAGACUACCUUGGGCCUCUGGCUACUGCUCUGCUUCUCUCAUCAACCCACAAACAUGGUCACUUCAGAUUCUCCUCCCUCAAAGCAGGAGAAUCAGCCGGAGAAAUGGAAACAGGGCACCGGAGGAGCAGGGGAUCCCGACGGCCGGCGAGCCAAAUGGUGGUACUCAACCUUCCACGCCGUCACCGCCAUGAUCGGUGCAGGCGUGCUCAGCCUCCCCUCCGCCAUGGCAUUCUUGGGCUGGGGACCAGGGACCAUGGUGCUAGUGCUGUCAUGGUGCCUGACGUUGAACACGAUGUGGCAGAUGAUCCAGCUCCACGAGUGCGUCCCCGGGACUCGAUUCGAUCGGUACAUAGACCUCGGAAGGCAUGCCUUCGGCGAGAAGCUCGGGCCGUGGAUCGUUCUGCCUCAGCAGUUGAUUGUUCAGGUUGGGUGUGAUAUCGUGUACAUGGUGACCGGCGGCAAGUGUUUGAAGAAGUUCAUGGAGAUUGCUUGCUCCAGUUGUACACCGAUCAAGCAGUCAUAUUGGAUCGUCAUGUUUGGAGGGAUUCACUUCUUUCUGUCUCAGCUGCCGAACUUCAACUCUGUCGCUGGCGUCUCUCUGGCUGCUGCAGUCAUGUCUCUCUGGUAUGUUCUUCUUUCAUACGGCCAAGUAGAGAAAUUCCUAUUAUCCAUGAAAUUCGCUGUUGUACGAUUCGAACAGAAGACUUUAGGGGUGGAUUACGGUCGGUUUCGGUUUAACCGAAAAUCAAAAUCUCGAUGAUUGGUUAGCCGAACACGACCAAAAUCCCCACUGAUAGCCGGAUGAAAAAGAAGCUCGGUUAAGCGAGGCGGUUUUUGGCUCGGUUAGCCGCGCAACCAAAAUUUUGAUGAUGGGGUCGGUUUUAACCGUUAACAGAAUGGUAACGAACCCGACAACAAGUCCAUCUGCAUAAAAAAAAAAAAGAAGCUACUCAACCAUAGCGUGGGUCGGGUGCCUGAGCCACGGGAGGGCACCGGACGUGACGUACGACUACAAGCAGACCAGCCCAGCGGACUCGAUGUUCAGAGUGUUCAACGCUUUGGGCCAGAUCUCGUUCGCAUUUGCGGGCCACGCGGUGGCCCUGGAGAUCCAGGCCACCAUCCCUUCGACACCAGAAAGGCCCUCCAAGGUGCCCAUGUGGAAGGGCGUGAUGGGGGCCUACUUCGUCAACGCGAUUUGCUACUUCCCAGUGGCGAUGAUUGGCUAUUGGGCCUUUGGGCAAGAUGUGCAGGACAAUGUGUUGAUCGACCUCCAGAGGCCCGCCUGGCUCAUUGCCACCGCCAACCUUAUGGUUGUCGUUCACGUCAUCGGCAGCUACCAGGUAUACGCGAUGCCAGUAUUUGAUAUGCUAGAGAGGAUGCUUGUGAAAAAAUUGAACUUCACCCAAGGGUUGCCUCUUAGACUUGUAGCCCGAUCAACAUAUGUUGCAUUUACACUAUUUGUUGGAGUCACUUUCCCGUUCUUCGGCGACCUGCUUGGCUUCUUCGGUGGAUUUGGCUUUGCACCAACUUCAUUCUUCCUCCCAAGCAUAAUGUGGUUGAUCCUCAAAAAGCCUGAAAGGUUCAGCCCCAACUGGUUCGUCAAUUGGGCUUCGAUUGUAAUUGGAGUGUUCGUUAUGCUGGCGUCUACAAUUGGCGGGUUUCGCAACAUUAUCAAGGAUUCCUCCGGUUAUAAGUUCUACGCCUGAAAAAGAAACCAAGAGAAGAAAAAAGUUAAAAGGAUUAAGUAGAUUUAGUAUUUGAUGAAGUUGUUAAUUUGACUACAGAUGCUCUAAGUUGUCUUGAAAGUUUCCCCAGUGUAGCUGCUUCGACGUACUACUCUAUAUAUAGGGUUGGACGAUGUAUUACUGAUUCUUAAUUAUGCUAAAAGGUCAUUUGGAAACUUUGAUUUCCGAAAUGGUGUAUUAAAAUUUGAUGUAUACUAAGAAUGUGCGGGUAUUAAUAAUGUUUUGUUUGGAAAUCAUAGAAGAAUGCAUGAAUUAUACUUGAAAA